GCCACAUGUCCUGUAACUGUCUCUGUGUUUGAAUCUUUAUUUUUUCCAGCCUCGUGGUUUUCAGUGACGUUUUGAUGCAACAGGACAUCGAGAGAUGGCAAACGUUGUACCAGAGAAAAGUCGCGGCUUGAAGUUUGCCGAGCAGCAGCUCCUGCGUCACGGUUGGGAACAAGGUAAAGGACUCGGCCGAGAGGAGAACGGCAUCUGUGAAGCCAUCAAGGUCAACGUGAAGUGUGGCAAAGGAGGGGUCGGUCACAAGGAAGGAGAGCAGUUCACCUUCCACUGGUGGGAUCAUGUCUUCAAUAAGGCCUCCGCCAGCCUGCAGGUGGAGUCUGAUCAGGACGGCAUCAAACUGAAGAAAACGGUGGAGGAAGACGAAGAUGGAAUGAUCUCCAAUAAAAGACCACGGAAGGCCUGGCUGGCUAAAGACAAACUUUAUGGAUGCUUUGUCAAGUCGGCCACUCUGCUGUCUGGUCAGGAGCAGCCGGAGCCCAAGGCGUCGGACUCGGACGACAGCAGCAGCUCAGACGAGGAGGACGACCAGAGACUGGAUCUGUCCAGCACCACCAAGCUCUCUGAUGCUGACCUGAUGAAGGCUUGUGGAGGACGCACGGCUCACAAAGGAGCCAGACAUGGACUGAACAUGAGUGCCAAGUUAGCCAGGCUGGAGCAGCAGGAGGCUGAGUUCAUGGCCAAGUAUGGCAAGAAGAAUCAACCACCUGCUGCCUUGCCGGUUUGUGGUAAACCAGCUCCACCGACCUCCAAGGCCGCUGAGGUGCAAGUGGAGCUGCCGGAGGAGACAGCUGACGAAGCUCCGAGCACAAAGAUGAAGAAGAAGAGGAAGAGCUCCACUCCGAGCGUUAUGGAGGUGUCUGAAAGUCCUGGAGCAGAUGUUAAACCCAAAAAGAAGAAAAAGAAAAAGAAAGGCGAUGAAGAAAUAACUGAUGCAGUUUCCACGGAGGAUGUGAUCUGUGUAGAAAACUGUGAAACAGAACAUUCUCACAAAACAAAGAGGAAACAAAAGAAGAAGAAUAAAGCGGAGCAGAAUGAAGAAGAAAUAACGACUGCCCCUGCUGCAGAGAGCGAGAGUCCGGAGGAAACGUCUGAGCUGCACUCAGUCACUCAAGUGAAGAAGAAGAAGAAGAAGUCGUCUUCAAAACAUCACAGUGAGGUAGAGGAGAGUAAUGAGACAGAAUCCAGCCAAUCAGAGCUGGCCCAGGACUGUGCUCCAAAAACCAAAAAGAGAAAAGCUGCAGUUUUAAUGGAAGAAGCUGAAGUUGCAGAGGUAGAAUCGACAGUAAAGCAAAAAAGGACAAAAUGUAAAAAGGACAAACCAGUGAUGGAUGACAAAGUAAACGAGGAGGCACCUGCUCCAAAGAAGAAGAAGAAAAAGUGCAAAGAGUAGAACUGGAUAAACAUGGACGUUUAUGAACAGAGUGAUCAUUACUGUUAAUCAGCUUCAAAGUGCUUUAAAGGGCACUUAUAGCUCAAUAUAGCUAUUACCAGAAAUCACACAUGUACUCUAGUACAUCUGUAGUAAUGAGAUUACCUCCGGCUGUGGAGCCUCUUGUGCCGACUGAACAAGUCUUGAAGUUAAAAGCUUGUUGGAAAAAUUCCAAGUGAGGAAAUCGGAUCACGUUGAUUAUUUAUUGCAGUUUUAAGACUGGAAAUUCUGGCCUUUUAAGAUCGUUGGUUAUAAAAAUGAAUUACAUGACAUCAAUUAAUGUUAUUUAAUGCUGUAAAUCAUUGUUUUGACGAGUCAGCUGAUCUCCACACUGCUGCCCAGCUUCUUUAAACUGACUCUUGAAAUCACAGAGAUGUUUUCUUUUGUACUUUGGGUUCACGUGUUGACCUCUACAUGGGAAAUAUGUGUUUUUAGCUGAGAAUUUUAUGACACAUUUCAUAUUGGUGUGUGAGUCAGUGUUGUUUCUGCACCACAGACCUACUCUUUGACGGAGCUGAAAUCUGCCGCUGUAUUUGAGUACAAGGAUAAACUACUAGGUUUGGAUUUUAUAUGCAAAUGAAUGAUGUGUCACGUCAAA